GACACGCUAGGCCUUGGAGUUGGAUCAACUGCGUAAAGUGUAUUCCUCUUCGAAUCGUCUUUCAUUCCCUAACACUCUUUGUGAGGCAAACAUGGCUGUUAUUACCCUUGUAGUCUUUUUUCUCUGUAUCUUUUCACUCAAACCUGAGUUUAUUUUGAGCGAGAAAUACGAGGUUAAUGCUCCAAAAGUAGAGCUAGCGUUGUACUACGAAAGCCUCUGCCCUGACUGUCAAGGGUUUAUCUUGGAACAACUUUACCCGACGUACAAGAAAGUCCCUGAAAUCUUCAACCUGACGCUCAUCCCGUAUGGGAAUGCUUAUGAGUCAGAAGAAGGUGGGCAGUGGAAGUUUGAUUGUCAACAUGGCAAGGAGGAAUGUAUUGGAAAUAUCAUUGAAACAUGUGCCAUCUCUCUACUGAAGAAUAUCACUGUUUACUUCCCGUUUGUGCAUUGUCUCGAAAAGAAUAUAGAUGACAAGGACCCUCAUGUURUGGCUAAGCAGUGCGCAGAAGAUCUUGGUAUAGAUUAUUCUCCAAUCGACGCUUGUCAAAGUGGGCCUCUUGGGAACCGACUGGAGCAUGAGAUGGCACUCAAGACUGAUGCUCUUGAGCCAAAACAUCAGUACGUUCCUUGGAUUACUUUGAAUGGAAAACACACAGAAAAGAUGCAAGACAAAGCUCAGGAUAACCUGCUGAGGCUAUUGUGCGAGUACUACACAGGGACGAAACCGCCUGCCUGUCAAAGUCUGCAUGUUGGGAGAUGUUACAAGCAUCCUUUCACUCGUUCUUAAGACAUUUCUGAAAACCGUGCUUAGGGAGACGAUUACUGAAGAAUGAUUCCAGGGAUCGGAGGCGGAGCAGGAGAAAAAGUGUGUAAGUCAGCGAUUUGUUUCUUUUAGGGUGCUUAGAGGCUAAAAAUCGUCCUUUUUCUAAAGACUUUUGGUAUCUUUAGGUGAUUUUUUGAAAAUUUCCGACGAGCAUACUCGUAAACUGAAUAAUUUUUUAUUGUGAGGGUUUCCAUAUAUCAAAGUAUGUGUUUGAAUAGAAAACCAAAACGAUCAAAUUGUGUUAAAAUAAAACAUUCUCUCAAAAUGUCUGUCCAGUAUCGGAAGCCAUGUCCCGAUUCACCAUUUUUAUUACUUGGGAUCCCUGUGGUAGCCCGUGGCGGGAAACCUUUGAUCUUUAGUACUCCCCCCCCCCCCCAGAUUUUGGCUGGAUCCGCCCUUGAAUACGGUGCUUAGUGCCAUAAGUGUGAUAAAGUGCGUUCGAAGCAGUGGCGUAGCGAAGUCUUGACCCGGCAGUGUACCAUUUUCCCGCCAAUACACGCGUACAUGAACACGUUUCAGUUAGUAUGCCAAAGACCAGAUUCCUUGUAAAAUCUUAUGAUCAAAUUACUUAAUAAAGCUUAUGUAAGAAACAGAAAA